AUGGAACACGAUUCAGAUCGACUGAAUGCCGGUAUUACCAAGCGCAUCCGCCAGGCUUGUGCCAGUUGCCGACGUCGCAAGACAAAAUGCUCCGGAGAGCGACCUGUAUGCUUUCACUGUCGUCGCAGCCGUAAGCGCUGCGUAUAUGAGCCGUACUCGAUGACCAUUGGCGACUCCAGCGCUUGCCAGAGCGCGAUUCUGCAACGGAUCAAUAUGCUCGAGUCGCGUCUGGCCGAGCUCAGCGACCGCGCCGUUCCCCAGUCCCUAACGUCGCCAGCUGAUAUCGGAAUUUCUCUGACUUCAUCGUCCCCUCUACGCUUCAGCGACGAGCAGUGCACCGUUCCUCCUUCCUCAGUGUUGCAAUCCGUCAUCCAAACAUUCUUUGACCACAUUCACAACCGCCCAUACUCAUAUAUUCAAGAGGCCGCCUUCCGGCGGAAACUCGAAAUGGGGCUCGUGCCAAACUGCCUGCUUCUCGCGGUACUAGCGUCCGCUGUUCGCUUUUCCACGCACGAUUAUUACGAAGGACAAAAGCAAGAAGCGACCGAAGUGUACUCCAAAGGGUCAUGGAUGUCGGUGCUCACCGAGCAUCUCACAGUGGCGGAUAAUUUGAGCGUUGAGGUUGUACAAGCCGUGAACUUGCUUGCGAUUGUGGACUAUACGGCGGGUCACGUCAGUUCUGCCUGGCUCAAAGUUGGCGUUGCCGCGCGCAUAUCCCAGGACCUACGCCUGAUGAUGGAUCCUUCCGACGCACUAUCAUUUCCUGAACAGGAGGAGCGCCGGCGGGUCUUCUGGUCAGGGUAUUUACUUGACAGGCUCAUUUCAUGUGGAAAAUCCAGGCCGCUGUGCAUUCACGACGAGGAUUGCCAUGUUCGUCUUCCAUGCGAUGAAGAAACGCUCCAGGCUGGGCAAGUACAGAAAACGCAUACCCUGCACGAGCUCCUCAGCUGGGACUCAAAAAUCGACCACGAUCAGCCUCCUAGUCCAUUCGGACUAGUAAUCUUGAUGGCAUCUAUCUUUGGACGCUGCACUAGAUAUGUCCACCGAGAGUGUAACCCCGAUAAAACGCCGCCGUGGGACACGAAUUCAGAGUUCUCUAAGAUCAACUCGUCCUUGCUGCUGAUGGAAUCCUACUCCAGGAGCAGACGGCUCUCUAUCGUUGAUACGCUUCGUGACAAGGAAUCAACGCACAAGUCAGAAGCAGAGCAGGUAGUAUUCGCUCAUACUCUGUUUCACCUCUGCCACUGUUUACUCAACCAUCCGUUCCUCUCGCGGCUGCGCUUGAGGCCCUUUGGGUCGAAAGUGCCCACCAGCUUUAUUCUGCGUGUCUUACAGGCGGGGAGCGAGCACGCCAACGAGCUACUAGACUUGGUGCGCGGGGCGAGCGAGGCAGGCUUUCCCCUGCAAUCAUCAUUCUACGCAUACUGUAUCGUCGUUGUAGGGGGGAUACAGUCUUUAACGUUCCACUACGAGGCAUCCAGAAACGACCGGGGAUCGGCAGGUACUUUACAACGCUUUCAUGACAGUCUCAACACACUUGAACGGUUAGCGGGGACAUGGUCUCACGCGGCAAACAUGACCGUCCGACUCCGUGAGUUCCACGCUCAGGCACAUAUGUUUUCCUCGCUCCUAGAUCCCGCCUGCAUAACAGACGAGAUGUACGACGCAGCAAUAAUAGCGCUUUGGACAAUGCUUGAUUAUGGUAUGGUGGGCUCCAGUGUCGGUGAUAGCCCCAAUUGCUCGGAGCCACUUAUUUCCAAUAUACCGUCACCUUCGCCAUGGGUUCUGGGAUCUGAUAUAUUCAAUACACCCUCGCUUGAAAUGGGAGACACUGACCCACAUCUGCUCGGUGGUUUGACACCCUUUACGCAUUUCAAUCGUGAAGUGGACAAUCUUUUGCAUCCCUGCUGA